AAAGAAUGUCACAAGUUCCUUUAACGAAGAUAACGACACACACAUAUCCAUCGACUGACAGGACUCAUCGCUGGAACUUUCCUGGCAGGUGGUCAGUUCAUGAAAACGGAGCCUUUUUGUUGCCGUGUUUCCCGAAUCGGAUAUGUUAGUCUUUAGCAGGCAAGCUCGUGCACCGGAGACAUAAAUCCUGAGAGUGAUCGAAAAGUGAAUUAAGCUGAAGGGGCGACUGAGGCUAGUUCUCUUCGCGUGUUGAGUGCAGAAAAGUGUCUUGGGCACAGAGGGAGUGAAAAUGCUGGGCCAAAAAUCGCUACACAUUGAGAAUCCUUGGAAGUCAUGGAGCACCUCGUGGCGAGGCAGUGACGAUUGCAGGAUAAGGAGGAGCAGAGUUGCAGUCAGAGGAGUCGAGUGUAAUUUCGCUGCGGAGAGAUUGAACAAGGAGUGGGUUUUGGCGAUCGAUGUCGGAACGGGAGGAACCAAGGCUGCUCUGAUAUCGGCAAGAGGAAAUGUGUCUGCUUCAGCAUUCGCUCCCCAUCCGGCUCCUGCUGCCACAGUCGAAGGGGGACCUGCGAGCAUGGAGCAGGAUCAGGACAGCUGGUGGCUUGCCACGAAGAAUGCAGUGUGGUCGUGUCUGGGAAGCACCGAAGCUGUCGCCAGGGGGAUAAGCGUGGCGCAAGUGUGCGCAGUGGCAGUGACCGGCCAAAUGCAGGACGUCAUUCUUCUGCCAGGACCAGGUUCUCACAAGCGGUGCAAUGCAAUUCUCUACUCCGAUGCUCGGGCCCAAUCGGAAGCGGCUGAGAUUGCCGAGCUCGGAGGAGGCUCUGAUCUCGUAGCCUCCAUAACAGGGUUCCCUCAGGGCGCAUCCAGCGUACUAGCGAAAUUAAGGUGGCUCGAUAAACGCGACCCUAAGUCAGCUCACGGGUGUCGGUCGCUGCUCCUGGGAGGACAUGACUACGUGGUGUGGAAACUGUGUGGCUUGUGCGUGACAGACGCCACAACUGCCUCGACCACUGGGCUUACAAAUGCUACAUUCCAGUACGCAGAAGACCUGCUGGAGAAGGUCGAAUUGGGUCACUGGAUUGACAAACUGCCCACCAUUGUCGCCUCGAAUUCUCCCUGUGGAGAACUAAGUAGCCAAGCUGCCGUGGAGCUCGGCUGUGCUGCUCUUCAGGGUGUGCCUGUCAUCCACUGCUGUGGGGAUGCCGGUGCCUGUACUCUGGGGGCCGGAGCUGGUGAGCGAGGAACAACAUAUGCUUACCUCGGCACUUCAGGUUGGGUGGCGGGAUCCUUUGCUAAGAAGAGCUCUCGAGACAAAGGGAGCGAGGUCAAACUGUCUGGAGUGUACACUCUUGCCCACCCUGAUCCUUCGCUCGUAUUCAAAACGGGGUCGAUCAUGACUGCCGGAGGCAAUCUGGCCUGGGCAGCGUCGAAUUUGGUUGCACCUUCGGGAGCGAUCGACAUGAAGGAGCUGGAUGCACUUGUGAAAAGUGUGCCAGCAGGAUCCGGAGGUCUUUUGUACCUUCCUUACCUGAAUGGAGAACGCUGCCCAUUUGAGGAUCCUCAUGCUCGUGCAUCAUUUGUCGGAAUCUCCGCGGUUACCACUCGGGGACACCUUCUGAGAUCGGUCAUGGAAGGGGUGGCCUUCGCAAUGCGAUCAGCUAGAGAUGCUAUGUUUGCCGACCAGUUGCCCGAGGAUUUAUCGCGACCCCUGUAUCUCGUUGGAGGGGGUGCGAGAUCGCCUGUGUGGCCAGCAAUCAUGGCAGCGGUGUUCGGCCAGACUGUUGAUGUUCUUGAAGAUGCCCAGGAAGUUGGAGUGAAAGGUGCAGCUCUGCUCGCUGGGCAAUGGUUAGGCUGGCAAUGUGGACAUGAGAACUGGGUGCAGGUGAAGAACUCCUUCAGCCCAUCAACUGAAGACAUUGAAUUGUACGAAGAGUUGUUUGCAACAUACAGCCAAGCAUACUUUGGCUUGAAACAUGUACACCAACGCCUGUCGAACUUCCAAAAAUCAUCCCGAAUUGGGAACUGAACACACUCAGUCGUUCAUCAUGCCGGCAUCAUUUAUGAUGACAACAAAAGUGCGAUCAAAACUCUAGCUUUCAGAAGUCUUCCUACUGCUCGAACUUGAAUUUGGGCACUUGUGUUGUGAACUAAGUGACUGGUCGAGACCCGCCCAAAGGCUUUUGUCAGCUCUAAAGGUGUGGGUCCUACAUUUUAUCAAAGAAAGUGAUACCAACAUCACUCGAAUUAGCAUCUCAAUCCGCACAUCACGAUACUUCUUGGCACUAAACUGGGCCUUAUGGGUAGUGGAAGAAGCACAUAUAUGGACUAAUGGGCGUCAACAUUUGAAACGUAGUAUCGUUGAAAAUGUGAACUAGAUGGACAAGCCCCGGGAUAUUUAUGUCACUGAAAGCCACUCUAAGAACAAGCCAAACAUCACAAGUAAACACUACAUAUCGUACAUAUAUACAUUAUCGUAAAAAAACAUAUAUACUGUCUUCCCCUUAUUUCUACGGCGAAAAACACUUCCGUGUUGAGUUCCGUAAUGUAUAGUAGCCAAUUGGGAUCAAUUCUGAGUCAUUUGGUCAUAAAUAUUCUUCGAGGGAUGUGCUAAUAUAUUUAGACCACAUACAAUGCGACUCUGUUGUUUCUUACUGAUUUCUUAAGGAGAAGAAGAGCUAUUAGUGAAUCAAGUGAAAGCUUCACUGCAGGUAGAUAUGACAUAUGAAGAAGAUGGAAUAUGUCUGUAAAUUUAAGAGAUGUAGCCGC